AUGGCAAUGAACACAAGAGCGCAGCAGGAUGAACACGAUGAAAGGAUGGCAGAGUAUAAGGAAGCCUUUGGUUUAUUUGACAAAAAUGGGGAUGGACAUAUUUCAAGGCGAGAGCUCGGCGAUGUUAUGCGAAGUCUUGGUCAACAAGUAACAGAUGCGGAAAUUGAUCAAAUGAUCAAACAAGUAGACCUUAAUAAGGAUGGUCAUAUUGACUUUCAAGAAUUUGUAAAAAUGAUGAAUAACUGUAAACCAAUAAGCCACGAAGAUACACUUUAUGAAGCAUUUCAAGUUUUUGAUCAUGACAAAAAUGGAUAUAUCACUGUAGAUGAAAUGCGCAAAGUUAUGACAAAUUUGGGCGAAAAACUUACAGAAGCGGAAAUAAAAGAAAUGAUCAACGCUGCAGAUAAAGAUGGUGAUGGCCAAGUGAAUUUUGAAGGUUCGUUAAAAUAUUUGUUGUUUACAAUGGUUUUAAAAUUUCGCUUUCAAAACAUUUGUCACACGAACGUGGUUUUAACGCUUCACAGUAUUUAA